UUUUUUUUUUUUUUUAAAUUUGUUGUACAGCUGUUGUGUGUAGCAGCAAAAGGAUGAACAUGAAUAAUCUUUUGUUAUUUUUAGUUUGCCUGAAUACAACAUUGAAAAUGACUUAUUUCUGACAUGGAUUUAUGAAAUAUGUUGAAAAAAUGGUAUUUUCAUAUUGGGGCUUUGUAGCUUCAGGUACUUUUGUUAUUUCAUAUUGCUUUUACUGCCAUUUUCUAUGUUGAAUAAUAUGUGUUCGAUUUAAUAUUACACUUUUAAUGAAUGAAAUGAAUUUCUCAAACUGAAAUGAAAGGUUACAGAUCGUUUAUAUACAAGAGGAAAGAGAGUCAAACUAACUAACUCUCAAUAUAUACAAACAGGUCUUUCAUCUUUCAAUAAGUACAAUUAUAACUUCUAUUAUUAAAUGCCUCAAAUGGUUUCCAAAUAUGGCUUUUGAAAGAUACUAUGAAUACUGAUGUUGCUAUCUCAAAAGCAUCUUUCCGGUAAACUUGAGUAUUGUUGGUAACAUUUUUGGGUUUCUCCUCCCAUUUUAUUUAUUUUAUGGUCAAUAGAGAUGGGAUUUCCAUUUUUCGAGGGUGAAGGCCUUUCUGUUGAGGAUCUUAGAGAUGAGUUUCAGAAAUAUUUCCAGGCAUACUAUUUCACCAUCUGAAUAUAAAUUUGAUCAUUGAUUGAGUGCUUUAAAAAAUCAACCAGUUGAUAUGAUCUAAUUAUGACGAAGCAUAAGAAAUGUAGAGACUUCAUUAUCUAAAUGAGAUGCUCUUGGUAAGUUCUGCACUCAUUUUUCCUUAAAUAGGUUUUCAAGUUUUUUUCUUGAAUAUACCGACUCCCUUUUUGAAAACUCACAUAUCGCCUCUCAUACCUCUUUGUUUAAUUUCAUUUCUUUUAUAAAGUUUUGUGCAAUUCUUUGUAUCUAUGAAAACCUUUCCUUUUAUCUUCAUCUUUUUUAUAAAUCUACUCAACUACAACAUCGCACAUUCAAUUUUUUUGCUUACUAGGACAUGUAAAUUUGAAAAAAAAAAUACUUAUUAUUUUUUUAUUUUUAGAAUCAGUACCUGUUGGGCACCCGCUAGGGACCGGUUUCUAGACUAUGUAUCCGAAACUGCUGGAUGCCUAGAACCGAACCACCAUCGGGUACCAUUAUUUCAUUAAUGAAAAUAUAUAUAUAUAUAUAUUUUUUAUUUUUAAUGCACUAAAACUAAUUGUAUUACUUAAGUGAAUAAUGAUUCAUGCAUUAAUUAAUAUUUGCUCCUUCGAGUCAAGUAUUUUGAUGAUUUACUUUAAAGUAUUAUGUUAAAUCUAUAAAUAUUUUGAUGGUUUAAGCUUUAGCCGUUGGCAAGUAUAUUGAAUUUUGGUUGGUUUAACUGCAAUUAACAUGUAAAAAAGAUGGUAAAAUGUUAGAUUUUUUUUAUCGGUAUAUAAUGCUAAUGAAUAAAGAAAAACAGGUUGAUGAUGAAAUGGAAAAACAUUACAGCCGGAAGCAUCAUCCCUUCAUUGCUUUUCAUUUAAGAUUAAGUUAUGAUUUAACUUUUUCCUCAAUUUAUAAACUAAAGAUCCGUGAUUAUGGUUAUGUCACAAAAACAUAUUGCUUAAACUUCCGGCCUUAAAACCUCGUUCAUAACAACAUACAAAUGAUAAAUAAAGGCAAAUAGAAUAUUAACCUAACUAGUUGUGAUACCCGUAUAAUAUACGGGUUGAUUAAAACAAAAUGUUAAGUACGAACGAUUAAAUAGAAAUUUUAUGUGAAUUUGAAAUUGAAAUAAGUGAAAACUAUGAGAAAAAAACAUGCAAAGAAUAAAUUAAUUAAAAUUAUGUGUCUAGUGUGUACUAAACGGAUUAAUUAUAACAAAAUAUUAAACAUAAAGGUUUAAACUGUAAAUUUAUUUAGAAUUGAAUUUAAAAUUUAAAAUUUAAAAUUUAAAAUUUGAUAGUCAUUAUAUUAUGGUAGGUUUAAUUUAUGGAAAGUAAAUUAAUGAUAUAUUGAAAAUGAAAAUUAAAGUAAUGACAAGUGGAAAGUAAAUAUAUAUCAAAUUAUGACAAAAUGACAUGUGGCUAAUCUUACAUUUUCAUUUAUUAUAGUAGAUUAUUUUUUACAUAGCUGCUAAAAUAAUUGGGCCUUCCGACUUUUUGGGGCCCUGUUCUUAUAUGCACCUUGUGAAGGGCCGGCCCUGAACCUAAACCUUAUACAUCGACACAAAAAGAACGCCUCCAAUCCAUCGCUGCUGUUUCUGCCACUCCUCAAGCGCAUCCCUGCUUGCCGCCGUUAGCCAUAUCCUCACCGGAGAUCGUCGCAGCCCAUAGCAACACCGGAGCUGUCGAUUUUCCUUCGCCCCCACAGCUAAGCUAAAACUGCGUUUUCAGAUGGAUAUCGAUGGAGAUGUUGAAGAUGUUUCAAGAAGAGUACAGGUGCGGUUUGUUACGAAGCUUAAACCGCCGUUCAAAGCUCCGACGACAACCAUUGCCCUCCCUUCUACCCUCACAAGGAAGGGUCUUUCGUCCGUGGUUAAUAGUCUUCUUCAAUCAGGAAACGAUGAUUGGAAACAUGAACCAUUUGAUUUCUUGAUUGAUGGUGAGCUAGUGAGGAUGUCACUUGAAGACUUUCUUCUCGCCAAAGGAAUCUCAGCGGAAAAAACCCUAGAAAUUGAAUACAUAAAAGCUGUAGCUCCACGCAAGGAAGAAGAUCCUUCAUUACAUGAUGAUUGGGUCAGUUCAGUUGAUGGCUCAAAUCAGUUCAUUUUGACAGGUUGCUACGAUGGAUUAGGAAGGAUAUGGAAAGGUCCUGGAAAUUGUACACAUAUUUUAGAAGGUCAUAAUGGUGCAAUUACAUCAGUUGGUGUUGUGAAUUCAAAAGAUAAUGAAAACGACACCAAUAAGGUUGUUGCAACUGGAUCAAAAGAUAGAACUGUGAAACUCUGGAAGUUUGAUCCAGAGCCUCUAUCAGAAAACCUAAAGAUUAGUUCUUUCAGAACUCUUGUUGGGCAUACUGCUUCAGUUCAAAGCCUUGCAUCACAACCUAAUGGCAAUUUGAUAUGUUCAGGUUCAUGGGAUUGCAGAAUCAAUGUGUGGCAAACAGAGUGUAAUGAAGCAGAUAUUGUUUCAGUAAAGAAAAGGAAAAAAGGUAAUAAGGAAGAAGAAUCUCAAUCAGAGGGGGAGGCUGUAUCUACACUUGUGGGCCAUACUCAAUGUGUAUCUUCAGUUGUUUGGCCUGAAUAUGGAACAAUUUAUUCAGCAUCAUGGGAUCAUUCUAUUAGAAGAUGGGAUAUUGAAACAGGAAAAGAUACAAUAAACAUGUUUUGUGGGAAAGUGGUGAAUUGCAUUGACAUCGGAGGUGAAAGCUCUGCUCUUAUUGCUGGUGGAUGUUCCGAUCCAGUCCUCAGGAUUUGGGAUCCUCGCAAACCAGGAACUUUGGCUCCUAGCUUCCAGUUUUCAUCACAUACUUCUUGGAUAACCGCUUGCAAGUGGCAUAAAACUUCAUGGUUUCAUUUGCUUUCUUCAUCUUACGAUGGGAAAGUUAUGUUAUGGGACUUGAGAACUGCGUGGCCAUUGGCUAUAAUUGAUUCACAUGAGGAUAAGGUACUUUGUGCUGAUUGGUGGAAUGGAGAUAGUGUUGUAAGUGGAGGGGCAGAUUCAAAGCUUAGAAUUUCUUCUGAAAUUGCUAUCCCAUAAUUAAUUAAGUGUCUUUACCUAAAAAUCGAAGAGAUGAAAUGGUGGUGCGAUUGAAAAUGCUCAACACUUUUUAAACCGAAGAUGAUGGUGUUUUACUACACUUGAGAAUAUUUUGGAUAAUUUUUGAUUUUUUUUUUAUUUCAAGAAUUGAGAAUUUUGUAUUAGAAUGUUGAACAGCUAGUUUGUGUUGACUACGAUGGUUUUGUGGA